AUGGCUCAUCCGUCUGCGUCUAGCCAAGACGGCGAUACAAACACCACGACGAAGGAUACUUCCCGCCCACCCCACCAGCCAAGGAAUGGGAGUCGAGCGACACCGGCCCCAGAUACGGAUGCAGUCCAACCGACCGGGCCCCGAAGACAGGUCACUACCCCAACAACUUCUGCGGUGAGCUUUAUCAAGUCGUCUACAACUGAGGUCGACGCACUGUCUGGCGCCGCCGCCGCCAUCGAAGCGACCUCCGCGCAGCAUCGACCGAGUCGAGAAAGCAAGCAAAGCGAGCAGCUAUACAAGGACGACCCUGACAUGUAUGACAACAGCCGUCAUGACGGUCGAGGCCCUACUGUGAACGAACCGGUCUACGGGGUGUUUCACGACCGCCCCAUUGACCGUCAGGCGUACAUCAACGGCGCAGAAGUGGUGCAAAUUCGACUGACGGUUGCAGUACAGAUCAUUGGGGAAAUUCAGCCGGGCAGCUGGGCACGCUUGGAUACAUUCUCCAAAGAGCAAGGGGAAGAGUCAGUCGAGGAGGUAUACAGGCAGUUCCCUGAAAUACGUCAACAGGCGGCACAGCAAGCAAGUUUGAACCGCUCAACAAACGUUGAAAGACAGCAGCAAGACCAGCAGAGAGUAAACAACGUCGCCGGACCUUUCCAGGGCGUUCAAGAGAUCGAGACGGCCCUCCACCUCGCCGCCGAUCACGUUCCCCAUUACAAGACGAGUCCAGCCGCCCCUCGAAAGCACCGCGAACUCGAUCGCCGCCGCGCGGACCCCGUUCCCAUCAAGAGCAGUACAUGUACGGAGACUAUUACCAUAGAGACUCAACUCGUGCUUCAGGCCAUUCGAGUCGGAGACCAGCAAUGGUUGAUGACUAUGUGCGGUCUUAUGAGAGCGACACCUUUGCUCUUCCUCGACAAGACAACACUGUUCGCCGGCACCAUACUAGACGUCUAG